GAGUUAUCACCAGGUUCGGGGCAAAGUCCAGCUGCUGGGUUGAACACAGGCAGUUCUGAGGUUACGUUACAAUUUGUUUCACCAGAACACCUUUCAACAAAAUAAGGCUGUGAGAAGAGACAACGAGAGGCUGUCGAGCAUGGAUGCCACAUCUACAUUUAUCAAAUCUGUAACCAAGCGAGUGUGGUCUCCGCCACAGCGCCCCUUCAGAGUGUGUUGCCACAACAGGGAGACCAGGAAGGGCAUCACAGCCGGGACCCUGGAGGAGCUGAAGGAGAGGGUAUGCCAGGUUUUGCUGCUGUCCCUGUCUGCCGUGUCUCUGUCUCUGGUUUGUGAGGAGGACGGCACGGAGGUUGACUCCGAAGAGUUCCUCAUGACCCUGCCCGACAACACCAUGCUCAUGGCCCUGCAGCCCGGACAGACAUGGAGACCACAGCCAGGUUCAGUUGUGCCCAGAUCUCAAGACCACAACAAGCCUCGGACCGGGAAGGACAUAGCUCGUGUCACCUUUGACCUGUACAAGAUGAGCCCGAAGGAUGUCUUUGGCUCCCUGAGUGUGAAGGCCACAUUUCAAGGCAUUUACUCUGUGAGCGCUAACUUUCAGUGUCUGGGGCCCAAGAAAGUCCUCAGAGAAGCCCUGCGUGUGGCCUCCACCCUCCUACAUGCUGCUGGACACCUGCUUAUCACCUCCGCCUCCAUGAUCCGCCGCAUUAUCGAAGGCGCUGAGCUGUGGCAGCCACAGAAGGGAGAGUACACUGCCAGCUGGAACUGACAGAGCAGAGAGAGACCUAUGUAUCUGUAACAUAGAGCGACUAGCAUCUCGCUGGGUAGCCACUGUGUUGUAUAAUUGUUCUGCUGUUUACCUCCUUAAAAUUAGGGGAAAGUAACCACUUUUUAUGACAUGAACAUCUCUUGAGGUAGUGUCUGUAAAUGUCCUUAAAUAGUUUGACUAUGCUUGAGGUUAUAAACAGAAUGUAAAAGACAAAUCUUCAAGGAUUAAGUGUCAGAAACGGUCUUUAUUAACAACAGAGGACACUUAGUGAUGUAGCUGGAUAACAAGAGAAUGAAUGUCAUAGCUAUUAAUGUAGUUUUCUAUUUCUUGUGCAAUAUAUUUUCCAUAAUAUCCUAGAAUUGUACUUUAUUUUUGUUAAUUUUGGUGUGGAUUACGGGCUGGCAGGUGAACUUUCUUGAAAAAAAGAAAUAUUACGUAACUGAGAACAUCCAUUUUGUAGUUUAUGAACGCCAUUGUUGUAACUAAUCAGUCAUGUUCGAACAAAAAGCAAUAACAGUGUUAACUUGAAUGUCAAUAAAAAAAACAUCUUCACAGCACAAACAAGAAA